AUGGCCCUCGAGCUGGCCACUGGCCCCAACAUGUCCUUUAACGGCUCGUGGACAAGCCCAACGGAACCCAGCUUCCUGGAGGACCUGGCAGCCACUGGCACCCUGGGCGCGGUGCUGUCGGCCAUGGGCGUGGUGGGUGUGGUGGGCAACGUGUACACCCUGGUGGUCAUGUGCCGCUGCCCACGUCCCUUGGCCCCGCUGCACGCCUACGUGGUCAGCCUGGCACUGGCUGACCUGCUGUACCUGCUUGGCAUCCCCUUCAUCGUGGGCACCUACGGCGCCCAGGACUGGCACUUCGGCGACGUGGGCUGCCGCGUCCUCUUCAGCCUGGACUUCCUGACCAUGCACGCGAGCAUCUUCACGCUGACCGCCAUGAGCAGUGAGCGCUACGUAGCAGUGCUGCGGCCACUGGACUCCGUGCAGCGCUCCGGGGGCUACCGCAAGGCACUGGUGCUGGGCACCUGGCUGCUGGCACUGCUGCUGACGCUGCCCAUGAUGCUGGUCAUCCGGCUGGUGUCCCGCGGCCCCAAGAGCCUCUGCCUGCCCAGCUGGAGCCCCGGCGCCCACCGCGCCUACCUGACACUGCUCUUUGUCACCAGCAUCGCGGGCCCGGGCGUGGUCAUCGGGCUGCUCUACGGCCGCCUGGCCCGUGCCUACUGGGGCCUGCAGCGGGCCUCCCUGGGGCAGGUGCGGCGGCUGCCCAGUCCGCGGGGGCUCUACCUGAUCCUUACCAUCGUCCUGCUUUUCUGGGCCUGUUUCCUGCCCUUCUGGCUGUGGCAGCUGCUUGGCCAGUACUGCCCAGCGCUGCCGCUCGCCCCGGGCACCACGCGCCUCGUCAACUACCUGACCACCUGCCUCACCUACACCAACAGCUGCCUCAACCCCUUCCUCUACACCCUGCUCACCAGGAACUACAAAGAGCACCUGCGCCCUCGCCUGCACGCGCCUCGGCCCUCCGGCCGCAGCAGGACCACACACAGCUUCCCUCAGCCACGUGGCCGCUGCCCGCCUGCCACCAGCAGCCAGCAGGCCACAGAAAUCAUCCUGGUCCCCCGGGCAACCCCCGGGGCGGCCUGCACCUGA